GCGACGUAAACAAAGCCACGUGGUUGAGCGCCACAGUCUGGACACGGAAGAAGAUUACUAAGUUAAUUGACAUAAUUUAAGACACGAGAAGCUCUGAACAAGAAGAGGAUCCGAGGAAGAUAUAGGCAAUACUAGUCUAAAACCAUUUAACGAGAAACAAGAAGAAGAAGAAGGAGUUUCGAGGAUUUAUAAGAUGCCAGGCCUUGAUGAUUGGAUCCUUACGCCCUAUAGGAUUCUUGACAGGAUAUUUGAUGAGUGUGGGCCAAAUGGAGCAUGGAAAGAAAGAACAAGUGAGUUUUUCACUCAGGAAAUCAACAAUCCAUUGGUCUUGAAAAGGAUCCCAUGGCUGAAUGAAACUCCACUCCACCACCUGAGACCAAACCAGGUGGUGCGUUAUAGGGGCAUGGUGCAGGACAUGUAUGACAACGAGUUUUUCCUAGAUACCUAUGAAGUACGUGACAAGACAGGGUCCACAAAGCUGAGACCUGGACGUUACAAGGAUAUUGCUGAAUGUGGGCCUGAUGAAGAGUUGGUCAGGGAUUCUCAUGAAUGCCAGACAGGAGAUCGUCUUACCUACUACUGUAUACCCACACCAGGGGAGAAUGCUUGGGUCAAGGAGGUAUAUAGUGAGAUGAACCCAUGUAUGAGUGAAGCAAGCACAUCCAGUUCAUGUGGGAGGACCAAGCGAAGUGUUUGUGAAGAGACAGAAGAUGAUCAGGGAGAUGCCAGCUCUGGAAGGGAUGCAAACCAACAGACUGCAGAAGGAACAAGCAUGGAGACUGCAGAGUCUGGAGAAAACAAACGAUUCCGGACAGAUAUUGGAAAUGCAUCAGCUGAUGGAGCCGGAACAAGCAGACACACUCCUGCAUCCACUAGUAAUGGAACCCCCGACCUCAAUUUCCCCAUACCAGGCAUGAAAGGAACUCCAUGUUUAGUGAAGCUUUAUGAUGAUGUCAGCUUUUCCCUGAAUGAUGUCAUUGAGAUUGUAGGAAUCUUGUCAGUAGACCCUUCACUAGCAAGACAGAAUGCCAACAGUGACAAUAAUGAAAUGGAGUUCAUGGAUGUGGAAGAGGAUGCUGCAAGAUGCCCACCUCCAUCUCUUGUUCCUAGGUUACAUGUUUUAACUGCACGCAAGAUGCCCCACACAAACCCACUCCUCCCAGGUGAUGUUGUAGAGAGUGACACCACCAAUGGGAUAGUAGCAGAUAUGAGGGAAACAAGAGAAGUUUUGCGGAAAAUACUUGAAGAGGCUUUCUUAGGAGAUGCCCUCACUGCUGAAUUGAUGGUGUGCCACCUGGUUUCAUCAGUAUACCUAAGACAGGAUGUUAUUGCAUUAGGAAAGUACAGCAUAAAUGUGUCGGGCAUAAGCAAAAGCCUCCAAGAGCAGAAGUACACCAGCAGUCUCUACCAGUUACUUAGCUUGUUUGUUACUCAGUCGCAUUUCUUCCCAAUGACCUUAAGCAACAUGAAUAAGGUUAAAUUUGUGCCAAAGAAGGACUACCAGUCAAACCGUCUUAUCAGUGGACUACUACAGCUGAGUCAGCAUACACAUCUUGUUCUGGAUGAGACAGCCCUAACAGCUGGGCAGUUGGAUACCCAAGGAGUGCAGAACCUGACAGCCCUGGGCAAUGCUAUUAACUGGCAGAAGGUUGAUUAUGAUUUCCAGUAUCACCAGCUGGAGCAGUUCACCAAUAUUCCAGUCAUCAUAUUCUCUGAGGGAAGAGCAAUGAUCAGUAGUGAUGCAGAGAUUAGAUUGCAGCCAAACAACACAGAAGUCUCUGCAGCAUUUAAUCGCAUCCAGGCACAGUUGACACCAGACAUUCUGAGGAGGAUUCGGAUAUACCUAACAGUUGCCAGGCUUAGCAAUUAUAAUCUCUCAGAGGAUAUGCAGAAGAUGGUGCAAGAUGAUUUUGUUGACAGCCGGAAGAAUGACAAUGGUAUUUCUGCAGAGGACCUCCACAACCUUCUUAUACUGGCAAGACUUGUAGCUGUAAGUUGUGGAGAAAACCAUCUCACUGCUGAUGUUUGGAAAUGUACAAAGAUUCUUGAGAAUGAACGUAAAUUGCGUGUUCGUUCACAAACACAGUGAAAUAUGAUUUCUAGAGAAAAUGUAUAGUAAACUUAAAUCAACUAUAUUUUGAUAUUUGACAUAGUUGUCAAUUAAUAUUUACACAUGUAUUUUUUUUUUAUGCUGUUAUGACUCAACAAAUACGAUUAUGAAACCUGUAAACUGUUCAUCUGUCCAUGAAAAGGAGGCUAAAUAUUAACUCUUCAUAUAUUGAUGUAAACAGUAAGGAUGAAGUUGUUCCCUACCUUACUCAUGCAGGUGAAGCAGUAUUUACUGAGCAAUUUGAAGGCUGUUAUUGUAUGACAAAAAAAAUAAAAAUCAGUCUUCAAAUUUUCCAUGUUACUGGGCCAAGAAAGUAUUUUUUCUAUUUUGAACAUUCCCUCCUGUAAAUCUGUGAUCUGAUAAAAUUCUUUUACUUCUUGAUUUAGGUUUUUCUUUUUCUAUUUUCUGUAAACUGAAAAUGCAAGUAUAAGAGUUUGGAGAAAGUAAUUUGUCUUGAUAUCCUAUGAUGUAUAAUAUUAAAAAGGUGGGUCAUUUCUAAGGUACAUAUAACCAGGUAACUCCAUAUCCAUGUAUCUUAUUGAGCCCAAAAAUGAAAUGGACUUUUACACAAGAGUCUUCUUGAAGGCUGUUGAUGAUAAGAAACUCGUAGCUACUAUAAUUAGAAGAGGGGAUUUGGUUUUACUUCUGGUAAGUAUAACAGUAUUGAGUAAAUUAAUUAAAUAAUUAUCUAUCUAGCUAUAUUUGAUAUCUCAUUGGUUAAACAUGACUGCACUAGCUCUGCCACAUUUUUUAAAAAACCCAUCAAUCUGUGUGAUAUUUUAUGCUAAGAGGUAUUUCAGGCCUUUUCUUUGAAAAUGGUUAUGUAAUAACUGUUUAAAAAAUGGUAAAAAAUGAAACCAAAAAAAAAAAAAAAAAAAAAAAAAAAAAAAAAAAAA